GCAGUUUUUACGCAUCCCUCCUUCCCUGGUCUUCUCCAAGGAAACUCUUGAAUAUUUGGCCGAUCUUUGCUAUCGAUUACAUAUUCUCUUCUUCAUCUAAGGAAAGUCGAUCUGUGCUCUCGAUCUUCUCUCUUAAUUUUCUUCUCUUUUCAACCAAAACCAAUAGCACAACAACUCCGAAUUUGAAUCUUUGGGAACAAGAAAGAGAUAAAGCUGGUGGAUAUACAAGAAUACUAAGAACACAAAUUCGAGUUGGUGAUGCUGCUCCUAUGGCAUAUAUAAAGUGAGAUUGGCUUUUGAUUUUGAAUCAAAGAAGAAAAAACAAUUGGUUGGUAGCAAAAUAUGCUACUAUGUAUCUAAAGGCUAUGCUCUAUUUGACAACUUUGCAUUGACAGGUUCAUUGACAGAGAGAAUGAACUUAGGACAAGUUCAAACUUAGGAAGUGACUUAUUCAUAAGAGAUUAGUUUUGUUUAUUCCUUUAAAAUUUAUUCUUUUUCUUUCUACCAAAUUCGUGAACCAAACAUAGUGUAAAUGUGUAAGCUUAUCUUAAGUCGCUUCAUCAUUUGUAUCAUCUUAAAAGAGUUUGCGCUUAGCAUAGAUAUGAAUCUAAAAAAGUGCAUAUUGUUUGUAUUUUAAACAUUUUAAUGCACCUUUGAUAUAUGAAGAGUUAAUGUUUAUGUUUUGUCACGUGAAAAGAUGGCGAUCAUUGGAGACAGUUGUCAAAAUUCCAAUGAAUUGUAGGCCCAACACAAAUCUCUCUAAAACCCCUAAAAGGGUUCCCCUUCCGUUCUGGUCUCGACAACCCGUUCCGCCAUAUCCAUCCAACCCCCUCCCUCCUCUUCAGGUGUGCCAAUGGAUUCCAAAGCAUCGGCCCCCAAUCCACACACUAUUUCAAUCAAAUUGUGGCCCCCAAGUGAAAGCACAAGGAAGAUCUUGGUGGAUCGGAUCACCAACAAUCUAUCUACACCUACCAUUUUCACCCGCAAAUAUGGUAGUCUGAACAAGGACAAUGCUUUUGAAAAGUCCAAACAGAUUGAAGAUGUUGCAUAUUCUGUUGCAAAUAGCCACUAUGACAAGGAGCCUGAUGGUGAUGGGAGUUCGGCAGUCCAGCUUUAUGCUAAAGAAUGUAGUAAGCUCAUCCUAGAAGCUCUAAAGAACACUCCUAAGGACUUUCCUGAGGUUCAAACAGAGCCUCCUAAGACUGACGAGAAAGUGAUCCCUGAAUCUAAAGCUGCUCCUGCUUCGGGUGAAACUGUUUUUGAUAUUUCCAAGGGUAAAAGGGAAUUCAUAGAGGCAGAAGAAGCUGUGGAACUAUUGAAACCAUUGCAAGAGCCAGGAAAUGCUUACACCAAGAUAUGUUUCAGCAACCGAAGCUUUAGCAUAGGAGCAGCCCGGGUUGCCGGGCCCAUCCUGUCAUCCCUCAAGGCCCAACUCAAGGAAGUUGAUCUGUCAGAUUUUGUUGCCGGGAGACCCGAAGCAGAAGCUCUUGAAGUCAUGAGGAUAUUUUCAGAAGCUCUAGAAGGGUGUGACCUGAAGUCUCUGAAUCUCUCAGACAACGCGUUAGGGGAGAAGGGAGUUAGGGCAUUUUCAAGACUCCUGGAGUCCCAGACUGGACUGGAGGAACUGUUUCUGAUGAACGACGGGAUAUCAGAGGAAGCUGCUCGGGCGGUGUGUGAACUAGUUCCAUCCACAAACAAACUUCGGGUUCUACAUUUUCACAACAACAUGACUGGUGACAAAGGGGCCAUAGCCAUUUCCAAGAUUGUGACGCGUUCUUCAUCUUUGGAAGAUUUCAGGUGUUCUUCCACCAGGGUGGGAACUGAAGGGGGUAGGGCUUUGUCUAAAGCACUCGAGACAUGUACCCGUCUCGUGAAGCUCGAUUUGCGGGACAACAUGUUCGGGUCCGACGUGGGCGAGGCCCUAGGCGAAGCACUCUCCAAACACGAGAACCUCUCCGAGGUCUACCUCUCUUACCUCAAUUUGGAGGACGUGGGGGCCACCGCAAUAGCCAACGCCCUAAGGGAAUCCGCCGCGCCACUCAAAAUCUUUGAGAUGGCGGGAAACGACGUGACCGCAGAAGGCGGAAUCGCGCUGGCUUCGUGCCUGUGGGGGAAGGCGUCCCUCGAGAAGCUCAACCUGGCCGAGAACGAGCUCAAGGACGACGGCGCAAUCCGGAUAGCAAAGGCCUUGGAGGAGGGCCACGACCGGUUGAGGGUGGUGGACAUGAGCUGCAAUUCGCUGGGGAGGGCCGGGGCCCGGGUGCUGGCUCAGACACUCAUGGGUAACCCUGAUUUUGAGCUGCUGAAUGUCAACGGGAAUUUCAUAUCGGACGAAGGUGUCGACGAGGUGAAGGACAUAUUCAAGAAAUGUCCCGAAAAGCUCGACACGCUCGAGGACAAUGACCCAGAGGGUGGAGACGAGGACGACGAGGAGGAGGAGAAGGGAUCAGAAGAGGAGAAGAGUGGUGGUGGUGGUGGUGGGAGCGAUGGCGACGAACUUGAGUCAAAGCUCAAAAAACUUGAUGUUAGUGGUGGGGUUGAUGAGUGAAAUCCAACCCCAUAUCUCCCUCCCAAGUGCCAGUGCAGUGCAGUGUUUAUGUUAGCUCUGCUAGCUUAGGUAGCAGAGAACAAUUUGUAUUGCAUUUUGGUUGUAGACUGAAAAGGCUUUUGGUGUAAUUUUAUUUGAAUUCAGGGAAGGCCUAAAACUCUACUGUGGUUUUUACCCAUCACCAAAAUUGUGUUUGUUAAAAAGUCUAAUAUGGCCUCUUUUUUUUUUUGAUUGCUGAACAUUAAUCUGUGGCAAUUUGUUCCCU